CCGCUCUGCGCCUCCUCUCGAUGGUUACGGUCCGCCAGGCGGGGGGAGCGCGGCGCCGGUGGGGCAGCGGGGCGAGCUGGCAGCCUGUUUGUUUCCUGUGGAGAGGUUGUGACAGGGAGAUAAAGCCACGUGUUUCUUUGGGACUAAACUUCGAAGUGUGAGGUUUCUUCCAGUCAGACAUAACUUGGUGUGCACGUUCCCUUACAAACAUAACUUAUUCAUGCAGACAUGUCUGAGAAAGACAGCAGUGAAAAUCUGAAAGAAGAAACAUCUUACAAAGAUGAAAAUGAACAGAAAGCAGAAGAACUUGGCUGUGCUGAGAGCAAUGAAGAGCAAGAGCCUAAGCCUGUGCCUAUGACUCGGAAAAGACCUGAGCCCAAAUCCCCAGGUCAGCCUCCUGCCACAGAAAAACCUGCAGCUGAAACCCUCAAGGUCUCAGAUUCUGCUGCUGCAGUUCAGACAGGAUGGGGGUACUGGGGAAGCUGGGGGAAGUCUCUUCUGUCAACUGCAUCUGCUACUGUAGCUACUGUAGGUCAGGGUAUUUCAAAUGUAAUAGAAAAAGCAGAAACAACCCUUGGGAUCCCCAGUCCUACUGAAAUCUCUUCGGAGACUAGAGAUGCUACAAGAGGAAGUGAGAAUCCUGGUGCUGGCAGCACAGAUACAGUUGAUGAUGGCAGUUCCUUUCCUAUUGCUGGGGCUCUUGGAGUUUUAUCAACCAUCUCUACUGCUGUCCAAAGCACAGGAAAAAGUGUUAUUAGUGGAGGUCUGGAUGCCUUGGAGUUCAUUGGAAAAAAGACAAUGGAUGUAAUAGCUGAGGGAGACCCUGGAUUCAAAAAAACAAAGGGCCUAAUGAACAGAACCUCUACGUUAUCUCAGGUCUUACGAGAGGCAAAGGAGAAGGAAGAGCAGCAGACAGCUACUGAGGUUGCCAUGGCUACAGAGAAGAAAGCCCAUUAUGGGUUACUGUUUGAUGAGUUUCAGGGUCUUUCACAUCUAGAGGCCUUAGAGAUGCUUUCCAGAGAGAGUGAAUCAAAGGUGAAAUCAGUCCUAAAUGCCUUCUCUGGAGAUGAGUUGGACACACUGAAGGAGGAAAUGGACCAACUCAAAGAAGCAUUUUCUUUACCUGAAUUCUUUGAAGAAGAAGAGGAAGAAAAGAAGGGAGAUGAGGAGUUCACAAAAGAAGUUACAGAGUUGUUUGCAGAAUUGCGUAUCUCCUCAAAGCCAGAAAAACUUAUCAUGGUGAGGAAAUCUGCUUAUGAAUGGAUAGCACAAUUCAACAGUAGUCUUCCUAAAGAAGAAAAAGAGAGUGAAGGAAACCAAGAUGUAGAAUCCAGAGAUGGUGACCAUCAUGCUAACAAAUCAGUAGAGGAUAUUCAUGCUAUUGCCAUAAGAAGUCUGGCUGAACUGACAGCAUGCUCCAUUGAAAUGUUUCACAAAACUGCAGCUUUGCUUCUACAUGGUCAGAAGCAAGAAGUGACAGCUACAGACAGAGCCAAGUCUCUUUCACAAAUAACUAUUAUGCUGUGUAAGGAACUAUCAGCUUUCUCUAAAGAGUUUACCGUGUGCUUAACAACUGCAGGGGUCAAAGAGAAAGCAGAUGUGCUUAAUCCAUUAAUCACUGGAGUGUUUCUGGAGGCUUCAAACAGUGCUUCAUAUAUCCAAGAUGCCUUCCAGCUCCUGCUGCCUGUACUGCAGAUCUCUCUUAUUGAAACCAGAACGGAACUGUCACAGCAAUAAAAACCCUUCUAAUUAAGAACUUUUUGACCUUCCCACUUCAUAGUUUCCACGCUGGAGAAUGAUGUAAUGGCUGUUAUUAAAUGGAAAAAGAUUAACUCUGAUCACUGCUGCUGCUGCAAGAAUGGUGAUUAAAUACGGUUUGGCAAUGACAGCUCUUACAGUGCAUUGUGAGAUGUGAUUAGCGUAGUCCAGGUUGGUGGACAAUGUGACAGACUUAAGGUGCAGAUUGCUCCUCUGUUUUCAUGAACUGUCUGUAUCUUUUCACUGAAAUCCCUCUGUAUAUUGUUAACAAGCUUUUUAGAGAAGCUCUCUGAACUGUGAAGGCAGUGCUGGAGAAGAGUAGCAGCUAGCUAGUUAGAGUUAGCUAAAAUCAUGGUGUGAUUUUUGAGUUAGAGAGAUAUAAUUAGGUUCCUGAUAGCUCUGCACUGGUGUUGAAGUGAAUAAUGAAUAGGAGGUGCAAGAAAAGGCAAAUAUUUUUGAUUAUAAUCCUUGCAGUUCCUAGGCUGGAAAGAACAGAGUGGAAGGAUUCUUCAUUGAGCCAUUUGUGUUGAAGAGAAGCUGUGGCUUCCUGGAGGUGUCUGUUAGUGUCAGGGAUGUGGGAUGGGCACUCUCUCUAGGGUGCUGUUUCUCAUUCUCUUGCAGAGUGCUUGCUUCAGCACAAACUGGGAAAAUGCUGAUCUGGCCCUAAGAAUGUGGGUAGUUUUCUUUAAAUCAGUAAAAGAGAACUGGCUAAAAAGGGGUGCAUUUGUGUUUGAGCAAUUUAAUGAGAUAAUUUAGCAGGAGGAAUCUCCUUUUUCAAUGCAGCUUGACAUGUCAGCCACAGGCUGUUCACAAACUCAGAUACUGCUUCUUUCCUGUUUCUGUGUUAUAACACUGUAACACAAAGCUCCUUCUUGGAAGGCAUAAAGUAGGGGAAGAGGAAGCAAUUUGAUUCUGUUAGCAGGAGGCCUAAUUUCUCUCAGAAGCUGUUCCACAUAUAGUAUCUGUUUCUUUGUGCUGUGAAAGUUCCCUGCUUUGUUCCUUUCUGCAGUUUCUAUCUUUUUGAACCUGUCCAUUGAGGGGGAGCAGCCUCUGUUUGAAUCAUAAGAGAAAUGCACAGCUAAAAUGGAACUUCUAGAACUUCAGAAUAACUUAACUGAAGGUGACAGAGUGUCACACCUGCCUCUCUAGUAGCUCAUUGGUAACAGUGGUGCUCAAAUCCCAUUUUGAAAAUCCUCUGGGUUUUAGCAGGUCUUGUACAUUUCUGCUGUACUGAAGGCUUAACUUUCCCAUGCUCUAUUUGUGUAGUAGAGAAGUGGUUUUAUUAUAAGAAUACCUUCUAGCUAAUGCUCCUCUGAUUUUAUAUAUCUGUAAAAAGCCUUGCCUUAGUCUUGUUUUGAUUGGUCAGAUCUCUAAAGGGAGAGCCUAUUUUUGCAUCUUAAAGAAAACUAGAAAUGGUGUUUCUGGGGUAAAAACAUCUGCACUACAAUAAACUAUUUUUUUCUUUA